AGGAGAAAGAAGUGUGCAGGACGCUAAUAAAAGGAUAGCAAAGUAUGAGCAGGAACUUUGUCCAACAAAAGAGGAGAAGGAGCGACAACAUCAACUACUGGACGCUGUUUUCAAGAAACAUCAAGUUGUGUUACACAGAACAGACAUCGAUGAAGAACAUCUUCCUGGUGAGCAGGAGGUGGAACCACAGUCCUCCAACAUACACGAGGAAGAAAAGGUACCACAUUCCCAACACAUCAAAGAGGGAGUAGAGGAGCCACAGACCCAUAGUGUUAAACUGACCCUUCACAUUAAAGGGCAAGCGGAGGACCCACUGAUCUUACACAUCAAAAAUGAAGAGGAGGACCCACUGACCCCCCACUUUAAGGAGCAAGAGAACCUGCUGACCCCUCACAUUAAAAAGGAAGAGAUGGACCCACAGACCCCCUACUUUAAAGAGGAAGAGGAGGACCAAGAGCCGCCGCACAUUAAAGAAGAAGAGGAGGAAGAGUGCAUCAGUCAGCCUAAAUGGUUGGAGGAGUUCCCAGUGACUGUGAAGAGUGAAGAUGAUGGGGUCAAAGGUGAAAGAGAGGAGAGGGGAGGGGGGGAGCCUCCAAGCAGCAGCUCAACACAACACAUGACAACAGAAGCUGAUGGAGACCACUGUGGAGGAUCACAAGCAGACAAGCUCUUAGCUCCACUAUCAGAUAGUGAGGACACAACGUCACACUCUCCUGACACUGAUGAUGAAGACUCUAAAGAUGAUAAGACAUGUCACACUGACAACACUCACUUCACAUCUUCUCACUCUCACAAAACUUUUAAAUACUGUCGUAACCUGAAGGUACACAUGAGAACACACACUGGAGAAAAACCUUUUACUUGUUCAAUCUGUAGUAAAGGUUUUACACAAAAUCACAAUUUGAAAGUCCACAUGAGAACACACACUGGGGAAAAAAAAUGUUCUUGUUCAAUCUGAGGUAAAGGUUUUGCACAAAAUCUGGAUUUGAAAAGACACAUGAGAACACACACUGGAGAAAAAGCUUAUGUCUGUUCAAUCUGUGGUAAAGGUUUUACACAAAGUCCAUAUUUAAAAGUACACAUCAGCAUACACACAGGUGAAAAACCUUAUAUCUGUUCAAUAUGUGGUAAAGGUUUUACACAAAGUCAGAGUUUGAAAGUACACAUGAGAAGACACGCUAGUGAAAAACCUUUUUCUUGUUCAAUCUGUGGUAAAUGUUUUACACAAAGUCAGGAUUUGAAAAGACACACUAGAACACACACUGGUGAAAAAUCACAUUCCUGUUCAGUCUGCAACAGAAGCUUUUGUGACCGAUCAAACCUUUUAGCACACAUGAGAAGACACCCAGGAGAGAAAGUGUUGAGUUGCAGUGUGUGUGGUGAAAGAUUGUCUUCUAAGUACCAGUGUAAGAAACACAAGUGUGCUGGUGAGAACAGCAGCAGCAAAUGAAACUGCAGGAUUUGAAAUAAACUGUCCAGACUUUCAUUUUGACUUUCUAACAACAUCAGCACAUAUAACAUGUGUGACAUUGUUGUUUGUCUAACAAUCUGUUUAAUAUGCUUCUACAUUUAUGGAUUGGAUAGUUUGAAAUAUUGAAGUGUGACAUAUUUGUAUUUGUAAUUGUUAAUAAUCCCAUAGAUGAUCACCUUUAUAUGAUAUACAUAUGUACUGGUUCACAUCUGAAACAUCUUCUGGACCACUUCAGGAAGCAUAUUAUUAUUUACUUUAUACAUCAUUUGAACAGUUGUCUUUUAUACAAUUUUAAAAUGUGUCUUUUUAAACCAUUUGUUGGGUCUCUAUAAUCAUUUUUAUUCAUUAUCGUCAUUACUCUGUAUUAUGAUGAUCGUGUUGUGAUUGUUUUAUAUGUAUGUCCCCAGACCUUUAUGCAAUAUACAAGUGAGAGAAAAUGGCAGAUUUUUUAUUUAAUUUUUUUGGGAAAGGAUGGUUUUGUUUUUACAAACUUACAUUUGUGGAUGUAUUAUAUAUAUUGUGUUUUAAACCUUUUUUUAAUGUUAUUUUUUUCUUUUAUAACAUCCCCCAAUCAACAUCAAUAUCAGUCAAAGUUUGGAGUGUCAGACAAAAGCCAAUAUUGUACAUCAUCCCACAGAGAUUUACUUUAAACAAACAACAUGUUUACUUGACCCACUUCCUGGGAAACUUAUCAAGGAGCUUUUUGUAUUAUUAGGUCCAUCAGUGCUAAAUAUUAUAAACUUAUCACUUUCCUCGGGCACUGUUCCCCUUGCAUUCAAAAAAGCGGUUAUUCAUCCUCUCCUUAAAAGACCUAACCUCGAUCCUGACCUCAUGGUAAAUUACCGACCGGUGUCUCACCUUCCCUUUAUUUCGAAAAUCCUAGAAAAAAUUGUUGCAGAGCAGCUAAAUGAACACUUAGCGUUUAACAAUCUAUGUGAAACCUUUCAAUCCGGUUUCAGGGCAAAUCACUCUACUGAGACAGCCCUCGCAAAAUUGACUAAUGAUCUAUUGCUAACGAUGGACUCUGAUGCGUCAUCUAUGUUGCUGCUCCUCGAUCUUAGCGCUGCUUUCGAUACCGUCGAUCAUAAUAUUUUAUUAGAGCGUAUCAAAACACGAAUUGGUAUGUCAGACUCAGCCCUGUCUUGGUUUAACUCUUAUCUUACUGAUA